AUGGCAGCAAAUUUAGAUUCUUUCAUUCCUGGAACUUUGACCUAUAAUGCAAUGUCAAUUAUUACAGUCUUCUUCCAUCUUGUUCCAUUGCAAUAUAGACGUGGCAGUGGACAUUGGAUUUUGCUAGCGGUCAACGGUUUACUCUUAAUAUUUUUAAUUUACAUUAUAAUUACGGCUUUUAUUUACAAGAAGACUUCUAAAGUACCCAAAGCUUCAACAUAUAUUCUGAGCAUUUUCAUGGCUAUAGGACCAUACUUAUUAGUUCCAAUAUCUGCUCAGUAUGCCGGUCAAAUGAUUUCUGGAAAUAUCUCAGGUACAUUGGAUGUAAAUGCAGGAAAUGUAAUAGCGUAUGUUUCUUCAUUUAUUGCAAUUGCACUCUGGGCGUGGAUUAUUAUAAGAGCCUAUUCUAUUGCACUUGUUUUUAGACCAUGCUCCUUUGCUUCUGUUGAAGGUUCCCCACAAGCAAAGCUGCUUAUUACAACAACUGUAGUAACAUUUGCUUCUGCGCUUACAACAAACUUAACAACAUAUCCAUCAGCUGCAAUGAUGUUUGUCUCAAUUGUUCUUUACUUGUACUGCAUAUCAACAUGCUUCAACUGCUCUUCAUUCAUCAAAAGAUCUCAUACAAUUUUGGUUCUUGGUGGUUGUGUUCUGAGUAUUUUGUUAUGCAUAGGUAACCUUUAUACAAUAUUUGCCAGGUCACCAUGGACUGAAGUUUUCUUUAUUCUAUUUCUUGCCGCAGCAAUUGUUUCAUUCGUUUCAACUUUCUUCUAUGUUAAAACAAGAAUGGUCAGAGAGUUAAAAAUAUUGGACGAAAUUGACGAAACUCAAGAUAUUUCUUUCCUCAAAAGAGAAACAAAAUUUAAACAGCUAUUAUCAACUGGAUUCCUUUACGCACAUCCUGUAUGCACGAGUUUUAGAAUUUUCAAACUUGCAGUUGCUCAAUGGCCUGACGCCCUUGAUGUUUGGGCAAUUUAUGCAAAAUUCUUAGCGAUUUAUCCAGAACAAACAUUAACAUUAGCUUUUGUUGCUCAAACAGUUUCAACAAUGAAUACAAAGAAUAAGGCAUUACAAUCAAUAAUUUUAACAACUUCUGGCUAUGUCAUCAAGACAAGAGAAACAAAGUUUACACAACAGUUAAAGGUGAAAAUCUCAAAGCUUGCCAAGUUAUUCAAUAAAACAAAAUCAAGACUGAGGAACAUUUGGGAUUUAACGCUCCAAGGUAAUAUCAAUGAAAUGAACAUAGCUAUUAGAAGUACAAAAUUAUCUGUUAAUGAAUGCGAAGUAGAAAUGAAUCACUUAUUAAUGCAAUAUCCAAAUAACAGAUUUGUUGCAAGACAAAAUACUUUAUUCCUCAGUGAAAUCAAAGGCGAUCCAAUUGCAGCUAAAGCUUCAUUAGAAAACUUAACAAAACUACAGAGAGGAUUACAAAUAUCUGAAGAUACAAUUCAUCAGUUAGGUAUAGAUUCAUUUCCUCAUAUUCCAGAAACAUGCACUGAAAUUGAUGGUCAAACAAAGACUAUUGCAGAAGCAGAAUCAAUGGGAGUUGAUGAAUUAUUAGUGGAUGAUAAUAUUAAUUCCAAUAACAUGGAAGCAAUGCAAUCAAUUGCAAAACAAAUCGAUAACCAUAUUAUACCAGCUAUUUCCUACAUUUACAAAUCUACACUGAUUGCUUAUAUUUUCCUCAUUUUAAUACCAAUGAUUGUCAUGAUUGUUGCUUUCCACUUUUUUGCUAUUGAAAUUGAAAAGCCACUUGAUUUCAUGCAAGGCAUUGCAAGAACAAGAAGUAUUGUAUCAAUGCUAACAGGAUUCACAGGAAGAUAUUUAUUCCAAAUGCUAGACGAUCCAAAGAAUACUUCAAGGAAAAUCGAAUCACCUAUUGAUUUUCCUUGA